CGCGGCAGCCGAGCGAGCGAGCGAGAGAGAGAGAGCAGGAAGAGAGAAGUGCCCGCUCGAGUCAGCCGCGGCGAGCACGCUGCAUCGGCACGCCAGCAAGCCGCCGGUCCGCUCGUCGUCCUCGUCGUCAUCCGGAAUACGACGACGGGAGCGGAAUACCGAUUCCGCGUCGGACGCACGUGCGUCUCUCGGUUCUCUCGGCCGCGUGCAACGUUGUCGGGAAGCCGCGCGUGUACGGAAAAGCGGAGUGAGUUCUGCGUGAGUUCCUCGAGCCGGUAUUGCGAUACAUACAAAUAUUUCGAACGCGCGAGGGCGAAAUUCACGACGCUCUGCUCUCGCGCGGUGCUUUCGGUGCGCCGGAUACGAGGGACGAUGUACGAGCCGCGGCGACGAGCGCAAAAGCGCGUGUGCGCGCGCUCGUUCAUACGCGUGAGUGCGUGAACGUAAUUCAGAGUGAGCGCAAACUCGAUGCAGCGCGAGUGCGCGUGUAGUCGUUGGCGUGCACGCGUCGCGCUCGCGCGCGCGGUUGACAGUACGCGCGUCCGUCGUCCCGAUAUGAAGUAGUCGUUCUCGAAUCUAGCGUCGUGCAGCCGCCGCCGCGACGAUUCUCGAAAGGUUGAUCCGUCGCCCGAUAACCCCAAGCAACCUCUCGCAUCCGCGAUGUGACAGUGACAACACACGAACCGACCGGUGUACAAUGCGUCGUUGUGCGCUCUGUUCUUGGACGACGCUGCGAUAAUAAUUGAGCGAAAACGCGUCGCGAGAGGAGCGCGCCGUGUUUCUCCGGCGAGGAUGGGCGAAUUCGUGAAAUAGCGAGAAAGAAGGAAGAUUUGGAGCGAAGAGAGAAGGGAAUAAAGGAAAGAGAAAAGGAGAGAGAGAGACACACGCACGCGAGCACGCGGCGUUCUACCAGCUGCAGUCGCAGCGUGCGAAGAAAGGAAGAAAGAAGAAGAAAUGUCGUGGACCAGCGUGGCCAGUGUCGCUCAACUGGCGGCCUCGCUAGCCCUGCUCCUGAGACUCCUCGUCGCCACGGCGGAUCCGAUCACGCAGACAACCGACGAGCAAAUCUUCGAGCGGACGACCUACAUUAUGCCGUUUUCCACGGAGAAUGACAGCGAUAUCGGAGCGCCGACAAAGCCGGAGAAUCUCACCUCUCGGGGAAUCACGGGCACCACCAUUGAACUCUUCUGGUCGGAGCCUGAGAACGCCAACGGUGUCAUCGCCGGUUAUCGCGUUUACUACAUGCAUUCCAAUUAUACGGACGUUAAGAUGCACAUACCCGACAAAUCUGCGGACUCCGACGACACGUACAUCGAAUUCGUUCUGAAAGAACUGCAUCCGUACACCGAAUACAAGAUCUGGGUGAAGGCUUACACGCGGAAGAACGAGGGCGAGCCAUCCGAUCAGAUCAUUCGCAGGACCGACAUAACAGGACCGAGCGCACCUCAGAUCUUGAAUUUAACUUGCCAAUCCCACGAAUCUGUCUACGUUCACUGGGCCAGGCCGGCGAACUUCUGGGGCUCGAUCGAUUAUUACUACAUCAAUUAUCGGAGGGACAAUGGGAGAUAUUACGAGGAGAUCGAAAUGACGACCGACAAAAAUCAUCUCGAAAGCGGGGCGAUUAUACCCAACCUGACUGUGAACACCGUUUACGAGAUCAUGGUGCGGGGGGCCACCAGGAGCACAAUAGACAGCCAUCUGAUCAUUCAAGGCGACAGCUCAAUACCGACGAAGGUGUUGGUCACCCGCGACUGCGACAAGAUACCGCCCUUGAUGCGCCGCAGCAGCAAGGAUCUCAGCGCGGGCGUGAUCGCCGGAAUGGUCUGCGCCUGCUUCGCCGUGAUGCUGGCGAUUACGUCCUUCGUGCUGUGGAAACCGAUCUUUAGGAAAUGUUUCCACACUGCCUAUUAUUACCUGGAUUAUCCGCCACGGAACGUUCCUACGCUUCAAGAAUGGGAGAACAGCGAGCAGGACGGCGAGAGGACCGCCGUGGCCGUUCAGCAAUUCGUUCAGCACGUUGCGAGUCUUCACGCCGACGGUGACAUCGGUUUCAGCAAAGAAUACGAGCUAAUACAGUCGGAGACCGGCGAUUAUACCGUGGAGAAUUCCCAGUUCGCUGAGAAUAAGGCCAAGAACAGAUAUCUGAAUAUACUCGCGUACGACCAUACUCGUGUGCAAUUGCUCUCCUGCGGCGGUGGGCCGCCUAAAAAGGGUCAGGAUUACGUUAACGCGAAUUACAUCGAUGGAUGGCAAAGAGCGCGAGCUUACAUCGGUACCCAGGGUCCACUCCCGCCUACGUUCGACGGUUUUUGGCGGAUGGUCUGGGAGCAGCGCGUAUCAAUAGUCGUAAUGAUUACCAAUCUGGUCGAGCGCGGUCGUAGGAAAUGUGAUAUGUAUUGGCCCAAAGAAGGGACCGAAACGUACGGUUACAUUCAAGUAACUUUAGUGAAGGAGGACAUUAUGGCCACGUACACCAUCCGCACUCUCCAAAUUCGACAUUUAAAGCAGAUCAAGAAGAAGAAAAAUGGGACCAAUAUGGGCGAGCGCACUAUAUGGCAAUAUCACUACACCAGUUGGCCUGAUCACGGCGUGCCCGAUCAUCCUUUACCCGUUCUGAGCUUCAUCCGCAAAUCGUCCAACGCUAAUCCGCCCGAGGCUGGACCUAUUGUAGUACAUUGCAGCGCCGGCGUCGGGCGUACCGGAACGUACAUCGUAAUUGACGCCAUGCUGAAGCAAGCUAAAGCAAAGGGCGAGAUCAACGUAUACGGUUUUCUCAAACACAUCCGCACUCAGAGAAACUUUCUGGUUCAGACGGAAGAGCAGUACAUCUUUAUCCACGAUGCUCUGCAGGAGGCGAUCGAGAGCGGCGAGACCAAUAUUGACGCCAAUAACUUAAUAAAGCACAUUCAAGACAUGCUGUGCCCAUCGAAUACCAAGACUGACGCAUGGAACAACAUUGAAGCUCAAUAUAAGUUGGUGACGUCGUGGAAACCCAAGGACUUCAAUCUCGUGUCCGCCACCAAAGCAUGCAACGUCCACAAGAAUCGUAAUAUGGACAUUGUCCCUAUCGAGAACGCGCGCGUGCAUCUAACGCCGAAACCAGGCGUCGACGGAAGCGACUACAUAAACGCGACAUGGGUUUCAGGCUUUCAACGCAACCGCGAGUUUAUCAUAACGCAGCAUCCGAUGGAGAGCACCAUAAUGGAAUUCUGGCAAAUGAUGUGGGACCACAAUGCGCAGACUAUCGUCAUGUUAACUCAGUGCGACGAGGAAUACCCGGAAUUUUGGCCCAUCGAAGGAAAGGAUCUCGAGUCCGAGACAUUCCGAGUGCGACUCUGCGGAACGAAGGAAACUGUGAAUGGGACAAUCUUGCUGGAAGUCGCGGUUCGGUCGUUGCAAGAUGAUUACGAGCUCAGCGCCAGGAUCGUUCAAGCGCCGUCAAAUCAGAACGGUCUGUGGCCGCACAACAACAAUCCGAAGACUUUCGUCAGCAUCAUUCAAGAUUUUCAUCGGGACUAUCAGAAUGGCCCUAUCGUCGUAAUGGAUAGGUAUGGCGGAGUCGAGGCUGCACUCUUUGUUCUGCUGACUACGUUAAACAAACAAUUGGAAUUUGAGCAAAGCGCCGACAUUUACAUGUUCGCCAAGUUGCUUUACAUGAAGCGACCUGGCGUUUUCCGCUCAAAGGAGGAUUACGUUUUGCUGUACCAGUGUCUGGAGUCCAUGCUAUCGACGAAAGGCCGCGCGGAUCCCGAUCUGUACGCCAUGGCGAAUGGACACGUCGCUACGCUGAGCGAUCCGAACGAGAUCAGGUCGGCCUCGUCGAUUCAACACAUGCCAAUAGAUUAUCCAUCCAAGUCAUCCGUCAUUCGUGAAUACGCGACCGUAGAAGUCAGUUCCGAAUACCUGUCCGACUAUACCAUUCCCAUACGCGUGGACCACCCGAUCGAGUCAUCCAGCAGCCGUGGGAGCGAACCCUGCCUCUCCUCCCACGGCGGCAGCAACGAUCAUGUAGUACCAUCGGAGAAAAGCAUGGUGGUGUCGCAGAGAAACAUUAGCUAUCAUAAUCAUCCGCCAUCCGGCGUCUCCGUAAUGGUCGAUGCUAACGGUUAUAUCACAAAUGGCAGCAUGCGCGUACCCUCCGACAGUCUGGAGCCCAGCUGUAAGAUGAUGCCGCAAUGAUGCCGGCCUAUCUUCGGUUGCAGCGCACCCUCGCGAAAGUCGGCCCCGCUGUAAUCGAGACUCCCGAACGCCGGAAAUUUAAUCACGACCUGACUGAUCCUCGCGUCGCAGAGAAGGUGAUAAUUCGCAUCCAUGGGAGAGCUGGAGGAUCUUCGAGCGGAUUUCUUAGUGUACAUAGAGUUAACGUGAAUGUUAAGAGAACAGAAACCGAAAGAAAAGAACGUGAGAGAAAAGGAAUUUCGGUAAGGAAACCCGGUUUUCCGGCGCGUGAGCGGACAGUGCCAAACACAAAGAGACAAAGUUGCCGCCGAUGCACGCCGGAUGGGCGAUGCUUAUCUUGUCCGUCGCGUAAGUUUACGUUGUUCAAUCUUAUUUCGUGUACAUACAUUGCAUAUAAUUAUUAAUACAUACAACACACACGUGCGCGCGCGCUCGCGCUCACAUAAUACCUAGGUACACACACACACAUACACGCUACAUAAAAUAUUAUAUAUGUAUACAUAUGUAUAUGUGUAGGAAAUUUGUGUGUCUGUGCGUAUGUGCGAGCGUGUGCGCGCGUGUAUAUACAUAUAUACAUAUAUGCACGUCGAAAAUCCGACAGCUCCGAGUUGCCAAAGAAUCAUUACGAUAGCCUAAUUGUUAGAAACGAUAUUUCCGCGGAUGGGUGUGUACAUAUAUAAUAUAUCAUAUACAUAUACACGUGUAUCCAAUUAUUCUACGUGUUUUUAGUUUAUUGUAUACAUAUGUAUGCGUGAGGGUGCAUCGUCGGGCGAAAUGCUUCGCACAUAUAUACGAAUCACGAUUGCCGCGCGUGAUAACGAAAUUCAUUUAUAAGCGUCUGCCCUCUCUCUCGUUUUUCAUCCACUUCGAUUUGUGGUCCCAGCCCAGUGUUGGCCGCGACAAUGCACGGCUUAUCGUGCCUGCUACUGCCAUUUAUAGCGACGAUACACCGGUAUCGGCGAUCCGUCGUGCCGCCGUGAUCGUCGAUCGUCAAUCAAUCGUUAAAAUUAAGUUUGGACGAGUGAUUUCGCGCGUAGGCCGCUCGAUACGCGAUACUCAAAUCAAAACUACGUGUGUGUAGCAAAUAUCGUACCACGUGUAUUCGCUUCACGUUCGCGGAACACCCGUAAACGAAUCGAACGCACAACUUCGUAGAAAACUAUACGGCUUUUGAUAACGGCUAACGCGCUAACGUUACUUGUAAGGUGCGAUCUCUCUAUGGGAAAUAACGAAGAUUUUUUUUUAUAGGUGACGUUUGCAUAAAAUAACGCAAAGGCCGAAAUUUUCUGAUGGAAUUAUUCGUUAGUAGACACCAGAAAAUGUGAAAAAAAAAAAAACGCGUCGACUCGUGCUAUGGGUUACGCUUUCUUUUUAAUUAAAAAUAUAAAGUAAUGUAACUCUUUUACGAUGAUGACAAUCGCGAUAUUUUAGUUUACCGUUGCUUGUGUCUUGGUACCCCGAGAAUCGCGAAACAAAGCAAAAGCAACGACACUCUAAAUCCUCAAUUUAUUAAAUUAUACGAACUGCGUAUGCGUAUCUGCGCAAGAUAGUAUUUAUUUCGUUAAUCAUUAAAGGAGGAGAACCGGUUUCCCUCUGAAUUUUCUUCUAAAAUAUUAGAAACGUUUUAUUUUUGUAAGAACUAUUGAAAUUAAGUGAUUUUAGCCUUUAAAUGGACGUAUUUUGACGCCUGUUUAUCCUGUAAUACUAUUUAAUCCCGUUUUACCAUCAACGCUUCUAUGUCACCUACAUAUCAUUUCCUUACAUUUGUCUAGUGUGUAUAUGUGUUUCAGGUAGAGAAAAAGUCGAAGACAUUUUACAGUAUGUAAGCUAUAGUUUCUUGUAAUCAUUUUAUAUAACACACAUUAUCAUCAAAUAAAUAUCUACAGUAACUAAAAGAUAAAUAUACAAUAUAUUUUAGAAAAACUGUGCUACAAGAAUGUUGAUACUAAAGAUUACGAAAUAUUUAAUUGUUAUUUUACACACCCAAAUGUAAAGAAAAGAUAUGUAGGUGUAGAAGCGUUGAUGGUAGAAAUGGGAUUAAUUAAAGUUACAGAAUAAACAGGCGUCUAUUUAGACUAAAGACUCACCUGAUUUCAAUAUUUCUUACAAAAAUAAAACGUUUCUGAUAUUUUAGAAUAAAAUUCAGAGGGGGUGGGCCAAGAAUCGAUCUUAUGGGCCUUAUGGACCCUUCUCCUUUACGCCGAAGUGGAAGACACGUGAGGCUUACGACGAAGAAAAAUCGAGAAUCGACGAAUUAUGCAAAGGUCACUUUCGUUGCAUGUAAAGAUACUCAUCGCGCAACCGUACUGAUUUACAAAUGUGUCUUAUCGAUUAUUCGUCACCGUGCAUCGAGAAAAAGCGCAGUCAGAUUACUUGCGAAGUGUACGUUCCGUCGCUUGGCCUAACUCGUACAGUACAAAUUAGUCUCUACUUUCUUGAAAGACUAUUCAUUUAAGUUAACAAUGAGCAAUUACGUGCAGGAGACUCAAAACCGGUUCGUUUCAACUUGCCGAAACUGUAUUUAUAAUUAAGUGUACCAACACCGUUCUAAUAAUAAUUGCGACAAAAGCAUCAGUCAAUACUACCGAACGACGGCUCUUCCGUGGUAAUCGAUAACGUUAUCAGUCGACUCGAACGGAUUUUCGCGUCACGGAGAAAGAAGGCAAACGGAAUAGAGAGAAAAAAAAAGGAAAGAACAGUUCCUCGCGAAUCGCGGCAGAUAAUAUUCCGCCAGGUUCAUCUCGUCAUACGCGAAUGCGAUGUAUAAAAUUCGCCAGAAAACCAGAACAUAAUCAUCCGCCUUAAUCGCCACCCUUCGGACGUAGAACCGGAUGUAGAACCGCUGGACGAAAGGGAGAGAGCAGAGGCAACGAGUAACAAUUUGCCGAACGAAAAUACGCGUGAAAAGAAAAGAGACUCUAUACGUUCUUUUGAUCAGCUCGCUGUGAUUAGCUAUGCGAAAGUGCUCGUUAGAGAGAAAAUCGCUUUAUCGUCGAUACGUCAAGUUGCGUCAUGAUUAGGAACGCCUUCGCGGGCACAAGACUGAUUGUCAUACGGGGAAAUCAGAACGAAAACUCGAUUCCCGAGUCGCGCGUUUCGCUUCGCGACGAUCGUGGGGGGUCGCGAAAGGGUAAAACAACAACAACAAAAAAAACCAGAGAUCUUCGGCGGAAGGAACGGAGUAUCGGGCAUCGCUGUUCCUCUCGCACGAGAGUUACUUUUUCAAGAAGCUCGAGGUAGCGCCUGAGUUACGUGAAGAGAGCUUGCGAGCGCGAAUAAACGCAAGCGCAUUUCCGGAACAAACCGAGCGGAUCGAUCUUCGAGAUAAGGGAUUUUCCAUUGGAAGCCCGGUCAAGUCUCGAUUGAUCGCCAAUUCGUACGAAACGGAACACCUAUUGACUUAUCGUCUAACUAGAGAUUACUAUGUAUGUAAAAACCGUGUCUUUUAAUUAAUGCCGUAAUAACUUAAGUCACCGAAAGAAAGAAAGGAACGAGAAGCGAUAUUAUUGUACACAUACCCACACUCAGACACACAUACACACACAUGUGAAUGUACGCGAGAAAUUACGCCGAAAUGGUAGAUGCACACCUGAGUGACGGACAGCUCACACGAACACGAACUCGUCGCGCUAAUAAUCGAGAAGAAAAAAAUUUAUAUAUAUAUAUAUCUAUAUACAUAUAUAUGUAUAUAUAUAUUUAUGAUGUGAAUGGCGAUCGGAGAGUAUAAGAUGAUUGUGCGGGCGUGGCGGACGAGGAAUCGCUCCGUCUUUAAAUCGGAUUCAACGAGACGGGGGGACAAUGCCAUAGAGAAAGGAGAGAGGAGGUUGAAACAAUGCUCGUACAUCCCGCGGGCGACUUGUACAGCGAGCGAUACCUCGUCGCGCACGUGCACAUACGCGAUCUAUAUUGUAUUUUACGAUAUUACACGAUUAUAUGUGUACGUACCUACAUGGAUAAACGCAAAAUAGACGUCUAAUGAGGUAUGAGUGGCCGUGAGAUAAGACGGGGGGAGGGGCGAUCCAGGGGGGAGGAGGGGGUCGUGCGCGGCCGCCCGCGUAUAAUUCGAUGAUAAAAUAGGUGGUGUGUAUAGAUAAUGUAGACUCUAGUCAACAUAAUAUUUGUAAGAUGACGCACACACACAUUGUCUCGUUCGUUUUCACACCGUUAGUUCGCAUCUAGCUCCCCUUUGGCUCUUGAUUUCAUUUCUAUCUCUUUUCCUGCCUUUCGUCGUCCGCUACGCCACGAUCGAGACGAGAAAGACGACGAUUGAACUGCGUUUUCCUGGUCGUUCGUCCGCCGGAUAGCUAUAAAAUGGUUAUUUGCUGACGGGAGGGUAGGCGGGGGGGCAAUCAUUUUCCUUCUUGUUAAUCCCAUUUAACGAGCUCCUCUGCGAGAGAAAGAGAGAGAGAGAGAAUGGUUCGCCGAUAUUAAUCGCGGAUAAUUUCGAGUGUCGCACGACAAGGUGGACGUAAAGGAGUUGGAUCGAGCUCCAGUGCGUUCCAUCGGAUUCCUUUUUACACUCUCGGUAUAACAAAGACUGCGAUUGUAACUGUUAGUAUUCGCGCGGACCACACGUGGAAGAAAAGCGAACGGUCUCGUUCCGAGUUGAUUUUAUGUGAUAUAUAUACGUACGUAUGUGCAUAUGUGUAUUUUAUUAAGUGAAAAACACGGAAGCGAGUUCGGGAAGGGCGGUUCGGGAUUGCGCGGAUCUCGUUGGCGCGCGCAGUCGUUCAGAGAAGUCUGUUACUGAUACAUAUAAAAUACGUAUAUCCAGCAAUAUAUAUGUAUAUAAAUAAUUUAUAUAUAUAUAUAUAAAUGGAUAUAUAGAAAUGAAUGUGUUUUAACAGAGGAUGUAUAUGUUGAAUGCCUAUCGAAACCUUCAAUAGACAACCGUGAAAAAACACACUCAAGCACGUUCGAUUGUUUCGUACAUAAGUUGCCACAAUUUAUAACUUUAUAAUUAUCAUUCGUGUAAUGAAUCGUCUCGCAGAAAGCACACGGCGGAGGGGAGCGGACUCUCUCUCUCCCCUCCAAUCUAAACGUAUGCACUACGGCCUACGGUAACUGUAAAAAAAAAGAGGAGGAAGCUGUUUAUACGUAUAAUCAUGAUUAACGUGCAUUAACAAUCUAUCAUCGACACCGCUGGGUACACCGAGGUCGGCUGAUGUACGGAAAAUUGUAGAAAGCGGUAGAAAGUUUUAGAGGAGGGUCCCGAGAGACAACGGGUAUCAUGAAUCCGCGCCAUGCCCAAUUAAUAUCCGACGAAUACGACGAGAAUGAUUACGAGAAAUCGAUACGUAAAAACGACAGUCAAGACUGCCAAACGAGUACCUAUAUAUUGAGAACAUUCCUUCCUUUCUCUUACCUCUUUUCCUUAACUCUUUCGCUAUGGCAUCUAAGAACGAAGUUUUAAUAGUGCAUUCUGAAUACCUUUAUUUCAACGUAUUCGACUUAGAACGAAAAUUGAGAUUCGACAAUGGAAGAAUUUCUUUCUACCCUGGAAAUGUAGAAAAGUUGUCAAAUUAGCGAUUUAGAGAAAUCAAAUAUAGCAUUCGAGGAGUCGCGAGAUAAAUCGAGCAAUUAUUAAUCGAUGUGUCUGUCUGUAUAAAUAAGCGGGAAGAAUUAUAAGUAUUAUUAUAUUCUGAAAGUGUGCGCGAGGCUAAUGCAGAUAUCACUUUAUAAUAAUUAAAUUCGCAAUGUAUUUUUGUUUUGUACAUAAAAAAUGUGAGAAGAUGA